AUGUCGGGUAUGGGAGAUGGAUACGUGGGCACUGCCCAAGAUGCAGUUCGGAUCCGACGGCUAGAAAAACAGAGAGAAGCUGAACGUCGUAAAAUCCAAGAGCUGAAAACCAAGUCUGCCACCUCCAAUGGCCAACCCGGUCUCCUCCAAUUUGGCUCCAGCACUUCUGAGAUUCUUGAAACUGCUUUUAAGAAAGAAACUGUUGGUCUUGUCACCCGUGAACAGUAUGUUGAGAAGAGGGUUAAUAUUCAAAGUAAAAUAGAGGAGGAAGAGAAGGAGAAGCUUCAGAAGCAACUACAAGAGGAGGAGGAGCUUCAAUUACAGAAACGCAAAAAGAGGAAGAUCAAGGGAAAUUCGAGACUAUCAUUUUCUGAAGAUAUUAUUGACAAUGAUGCUCAGGAAGAGGAGGAGCCACAUCAAAGUAAUAAUAUAGAAACAAAUGGAGGAGUACGGUGUGGUAAGCUUGGUAAAGACCCCACCGUCGAAACUAGCUUUCUACCUGACAGUGAGCGAGAGGCUGAGGAACAAGCUGAACGUGAAAGGCUGCGCAAACAGUGGCUGCGUGAGCAGGACCAAAUUCGAAACGAGCCUCUUCAAAUCACAUACAGUUAUUGGGAUGGAACUGGCCAUAGGCGUGCCAUCCAGGUACGCAAGGGUGACACCAUCGGAGAGUUUCUUCGAGCAAUUCAACAGCAACUUGCACCUGAAUUCCGAGAGAUUCGAACAACCUCAGUUGAAAAUCUGCUUUAUGUGAAAGAAGACCUUAUCAUUCCUCAUCAACACAGCUUCUAUGAACUAAUUGUGAACAAAGCAAGGGGCAAAAGUGGACCGCUUUUUCAUUUUGAUGUGCAUGAGGAUGUGCGCACAAUUGCCGAUGCCACUAUAGAGAAGGACGAGUCCCAUGCUGGAAAAGUUGUAGAAAGGCACUGGUAUGAGAAGAACAAGCAUAUAUUUCCCGCUUCAAGAUGGGAGAUAUAUGAUCCAACAAAGAAGUGGGAGCGUUACACCAUCCAUGGGGAUUAA